AUGAGUUCUUCUGUUUGUGCUGCGAAACAAGCACCGAUCGUGGUCGGGUCGUUUGGAACAAAACGGAGAUCGCCGAACAACAACACCGCCGCGCGAUCAUCAUCUCAAAGACCGAAGCUUGUCAAGCUCGUUUCCAGAAGAGCAGAAUCGUCGUCGUCGUCAUCCCGAAGAAAAACGCAAUCUUCGUCGUCGUUUACGUCGUCGUUAACGCGACAAUGUUUUAUGACGAGAACAAAAAGCAGCGUCUCCUCCUCCUCCAAGAGAAGAGGGUUCAUCGCGUCCACUCGCAAAGCACCGAAACACUUCAAGAACAAAAACGGGGAGGUGUUUUGCGGCAGCGCUUCGGGAGGAAUCGGCGGAGAAUUAUCGGACUCGACGACGAACAAUAAGAACAAUAACAAGACGUCCAACAACGGCGAAGAGAACAACAAGAGAUGGAAAUCAAUCACGUCGGCGUUAGCCACGACUCUGGGCGAAGACAGAGUAGAAGGGGAAGUGAUUCCGCUCCUGGAGAGACCUUUGCCACCGCACGAAGAGAUCCACCGAGGAACGCUCAAGAAUGGGUUGAAAUAUGUCAUUUUGCCAAACACGACGCCGGAGAGACGAUUCGAGGCGCACCUUGAAAUGCACGUCGGAUCCGUGGACGAACGAGAAGACGAGCAAGGUUUGGCGCACUUGGUUGAGCACGUUACUUUUCUGGGUUCUCGAAAACGCGAUCAGUACUUAGGAAGCGGUACCAGAGGUAACGCGUACACAGAUUUUCAUCACACGGUGUUUCACAUUCACGCGCCGACGGUAAACAAGGACGGCGUGUACAUGUUGAACAACGUGUUGGAUAUUCUCUACGACGUCGCGUUUAAUCCUUCGUUGUUACAAACCAGAAUUCAAAAGGAAAAGAAAGCAGUUUUAGCCGAAGCACAGAUGAUGAACACCAUCGAAUAUCGCGUCGAUUGUCAGUUGUUGCAGCAUUUGCACUGGGACAACGCCUUGGGCAUUCGAUUUCCAAUCGGUAAGCUCGAUCAAGUGCCUCUGUGGGAUGAUGAAAAGAUUCGCGAUUUUCACGCUCGAUGGUAUUUUCCUUCGAACGCUACUUUGUACGUCGUGGGAGAGUUUGAUGCGACUACAGAACAAGUUGAGAAAAUGAUUGAAGACGCGUUCAACGAGGCGGCGCCGAGUCCGUGGGCAAUGCAAGCGGAAUCUCCUUUAGCUCGCCACGAAGUGAGACCACCGGUAAAGCACGCUUACGGCGUACCUCUCGAAGAGCGCAAAGAAAUUGAGGCACAACUUCAUCGCAUGAUGGAAGAGAAAAUCGAAGAUCCGUACCAACCGUUCAUCGCGAAUGAAGGUGAACCGCAGAUGUUUCAACACGAACACUUGACGCACGCGUCGUUUAACAUUUUCUCGAAACUUCCAAUCGUUCCGAUGGAGAAGUUAGGCGACUUGCACCGAACAGUGUUGCAAAGAAUUGCUUUGCUCGUGUUGCAAUCUCGAAUCCAGUCAAGGUACUCCGAGACAAACGCUGAUUAUAAACGCGUUGAACUCGAUCAUUCGGACUCUGCGCGAGAAGGAUGCACGGUGACAACAGUGACGGUGACAUGCGAACCGAGAGAAUGGGAGUUUGCACUCCAAGUGGCAGUUGAAGAAGCGCGACGAUUGCAAAAAUGCGGUUUAACUCAAGGCGAGCUUUCGAGGUUUAAAGCAGCCAUGAUGAGAGAUUCGGAGCAACUCGCGCAACAAGCCGGGUGCGUUCCGUCGUUGGAAAAUCUCGAUUUUGUCAUGGAACACGACGCUCUCGGGCACGUUGUCAUGGACCAAGUCGUAGGACACGAGAGUUUACUUUUGUUGGACGAAUAUAUUACGUUGGAGAGCGUCAACGAAGCAGCUACGGAACUUUUGGGAUUCAUCGCGGAGUACGGAUGCGACAGCGAAACUCGAGAUCCUCGAUCGGGCUUGACGACUGCGAUUGUCGCGUGCGUUCCAACUACGACGACUGACGUGGAGACUGAUCAAGAAGUUCGAUUUGACAUCACUCCCGAGGACGUGAUGCGAGUAUUGUCCGCGGACUACGGCGAAAUCGAACCAUUGGAGGAUGUGGACGUGCCGGACAGCUUAAUUCCGGACGCCGAGUUGGAAGCUAUGAUUCAAGAAAGAAAACCAGUAAUAGAGUCUGCGACGCUCGACGAAGUUACCGGAGUGUACCAAAGACGCUUGAGUAACAACGUUCGCGUGAAUUACAAACAGCUCGACGCGGAACCGGGAAGUGGAUUUUUACGAUUAGUCGUUCCCGGAGGUCGAUCUCACGAACCGUUGGAUGCCGGUCCCGAUGGUAUUGGUUCCGCCGCGCUUGGUUUGCGAACGUUGCAAGAAGCCGGUACGGUUGGCGCUUGGGACCGAAAACAAAUCGAGCUAUUAACGAUGCAAAAUCUGUUGGUGUUUGACGUCGAGCCUGAAAUGGAGUAUCUCUAUUUGGACGGCGCGUUUGCUGUCGAUGGCGGGUUGCGGACGAUUUUGGAAAUUAUUCAUCUUUUAAUUGAAAAACCAAACUGGGAAGAAACCGCGUUGGAGCGAGUGAAAGAUAUCUACAGAAUGUUUGAACUCAACACGACGAAAAAUUUGGAACUAACGACGCACGAUGCAAUCAACAAAGCCAUGUACGGUGACCGCCGAUUCAUGGAUCCCUCGCGAGCAGAGUUAUCUGCGUUGACUUUAGAUGGUGUCGCGAAAGCAGUCGAAAUGCAAUUUAGCAACGGUCCGAUUGAAGUGAACAUCGUCGGUGACUUGAUUCCCGAAGAGGUGGACGAGUUGAUUACGCAAGUAUUAGGCACGAUUUCUAAAACGAAAGAGAACAAGAACGUACCUGUCAUGACGGAUCCGAUACCAUUGAGCUUAAAGAAUGUUCCCAAAGACGAUCCGGUACGCGAGCAACGACAAUGGCUCCGGGAUUCCGACGACAGAGCGUGCGCAGUCAUGGCUGGUCCCGGGCCUUCCAUGUGGGCGCCCAUGCGCAUUCCGGAGAGAGAUUCCGCGCGAGUAGAGGAAGAGGGUGGUUUUGCUUUUAUCGACGAUAUUGAUCCGGUCAACGUGUUAGCUCAAGCGAAUGGGAACCCAUACGCUUUGCAAAGCGCGCGGAGAAAGAAUCCUUUGGCGACGUACAUAGCGGGUAUGCUACUUUCUGAAGUAGUCGGUGGGCGGCUCUUUACCACGGUGAGAGACGCUUUAGGCUUGACGUACGACUGCAACUUUACGUUAUCGUUCGGAUUACAAAAUUCAGACGCCACUACAUAUAGAUUAUUAGUCACAUCUACGCCAGCAAAGAUUGAUGAAGCAUUAGCCGCGGGUGUUCGCGUUUUGCGCGGAUUUCAGCAUCAAAGAGUUUCGCAACGCGAAUUGGACCGCGCGAGAAACACGCUCUUGGCUCGACACGAAACCGAUUUGAAAUCGAACCAUUACUGGGCAGAUUUGAUGCAAUGCUCCUCUUUAGAAAACUUGGCAGAACACAAAACACUUGAUUGCAUCAUGGACUUACCUCUGAUGUACGAGGCGUGCACGGUUGACGAUUUGCACGAGGUGUACGAUUGUUUAGGUCUUGGCGAAGGAGAAAUUUUCACCGCCAUCACGGUUGCCGGUGAAAACGAAUCCGUCGCUGAAAAGAGAAGAGAAAUCCAACAAGACAGCGUUGCGUCCUCGUCAUCGAACAGCGGCUUCAAAAGUAUUGGUGAAGAUGUUAUGGCUGCGGCUGCUGCCAAACUCGGCGUUGCUCUCGGCGGCGGCGUGAACAUCGCCGAAGCGUUGAGCAAGCUGAAAAUGGAUCAAGAUCGACGAGAAGAAAAUUAA